GGCAGCCGACCGUCGGCCAACGAGUGUUUCCACAAUGUCUGGAGAAUAAUUUUAACGGAGUAGGAGCCGAGCGGAAACACCGGAGCAGCGUUAGAGUCAAAUACUGAGCCCUCCCUCUCUGCACUGUGACGUCAAAGCUCACCACACCUGCUUCACCUGCAUUCUGCUCAGCUGAAGGCAGUAAAAGAUCUGCAUUAGACUGAAAAUAGACCAAGACGAAGAGGACUGGUCCUGAUGCAAGCUGGUCCUCCAUGGACCAGUGAAGUCUCUCCCACCCUGCCAGUUAAAAGAGAUGUUUUUGGGAGCUGGAGGCCGUAGCACCGUCAGCCGAGUGUGUGUGGGGCCCCUCCUCUCCCACUUUCCCAGCACCCCUCCUGACAUGGGAUGCCAGCCCCCUGCCUCCCUGUCCUGAGCUCUCCUGGGGUGCCAUGAACAGUUACAGAGACAGAGGGGUCACUUGUACCUCCUCGGACCUCCUGGAUGGAGGAGGAGGAGGAGGAGGAGGGGGGUUGCCCCAGAACACUCCGUUUCGCCACACCCCCAAUGGCCACCCUGCACCUGGCCUCACAGACCCAGCCAUCCAACCACGCGUCUCGGUGCCCAAAAUGGGUGUUCGGGCACGGAUUGCAGAAUGGCCCCCACGCCGCGCGCAGUCCAGGGAGUCGCUCCUUGAAAAUGGGCAAAUUAGCAGCAGUCGCCAUGGAGAUGACUGCUCCACUUCAGUUUUGUCAUCUGACAUCGGGUUGGUGCGGGGAGGAGUUGCCAGGUUGCCACGACGGCGGUCCAAGGAUGUAGAGUUCAGAGGAGGAGGGUUUGGCGGUGAAAGAGGUUCACCUUUGAGUCUAAGAGUGUUCCCUCCACUGAGACAGCGUUCAAACAGCGAGGUGACACUGAGCGAACAGGACGAAAAUGAGGUGGAGGUACGUGGAGGUGGUGGGAUGGGGAACCUGUUCAGAGAGUAUGGCAGCACCUCCUCCAUCGACAUCCAGGGCAUUCCAGAGCAGAGCUUCUUCGAUAUGCUCAGCCAGUUUCACCAGGAGAGACCAGACCAACGCAGCUCAGCGCCCAUACGCCUCGGGGAGCUGCUGCGCACUCCUGACUCGCCACCAAGCGCACCCCUUCCCUCUGCUCCCUCGCCUGGUCCCACAGGCGGGGACGACAGAGGGACAGGAAGGAAGGACGGAGCUGAGAGGGUGAGGAAGAAAAGUGGAGGGACGGAGUCAUCGCUAGGCACCUCCUCUCUGUUCAGGAAACUUAGGAGCUCUAGUCGCGGCGAGCUGGAUGGAGGGAAAGGAGAGACUAGUGAGGAUGGGGGAGGCCGGAGUUCAGGAGACGCCUCCUACAAACCAUGGGUGUGCCCCAAGAGCUUUGUCCACUUUGAUGCUCAGAGCAUCCUGUUUGACCUCCACGAGGCGGCGGCUCAGCGGGGCUACGCUGCCCAGAGGAGGAACACCGCCACAGGGGCGUCAGCUGCUUCAGUGUCCCUGUCCGUCUCCAGAUCCUCGACUCAGAGUAUGAAUGACCCAGUUUACUCCAGCAUAGAGGAUCUAACCCUGAGUCUCGACCCUGGCUCCACAACACCCUCCCUGGGCAUGGACCCCCUGGAGGGGCCUCCCGGAGCCCACAGCACAAGCCCGCUGCUCCUUUGCUGCCCGCACUUCCUCAAUGAGACCGGAGGCCACGGGGAGCGCAACAUCAGCUUCCUCAGCUCGUCAGCAGAACGAGGAGGAGACGCAGGAGGAGACGGAGUGAAGGGUUGGCUAAGGAGGAGUAACGCCAGUGUCUCAGUGCUGGAGGUGCCUAUUGAACAGCAGGUUACAAGACUGGACAGGCUGAAACUGUACAGCAUAGAGCAUGUAGACCUGGGGGCCAGGUACUACAGAGACUACUUCCAUGGCAAAGAGCACUCAAACUACUUUGGGACAGACGAUAAGCUUGGCCCUGUGGCCCUGAGCAUCCGCAGGGAGAAACUGGAUGACACCAAAGACCUGAAAGACCAGUACCAGUACCGCCUCAUCGUCAGAACAAGCGAGCUUGUGACCCUGCGAGGUGCCAUUUUAGAGGAUGCGGUGGCGUCAACGGGGAGACACGGCACGGUGCGGGGUCUGCCACUCAAGGAGGUCCUGGAGCAGGUCGUCCCUGAGCUCAGCGUCUCCUGUUUGAAACUGGCACUCAGCACGCCGAAAGUCACUGAGCAGCUCCUCAAACUGGACGAACAGGGGUUAAGUCAGAAGCACAAGGUGGGUGUUCUGCUGUGCCGUGCUGGCCAGAGCACAGAGGAGGAGAUGUACAACAACGAGGAGGCGUCACCCGCCUUCUCUGCCUUCCUGGAGCUGCUGGGGGAGCAGGUGCUUCUCAAAGGAUUCACCAAAUACGCCGCACAGCUCGACACAAAGACCGACUCUACGGGCACCCACUCCCUGUACACCACCUACCAAGGCUACGAGGUCAUGUUCCACGUAUCCACCAUGCUGCCGUACAUGCCCAACAACCCUCAGCAGCUCUUGAGAAAGAGACACAUAGGGAACGACAUCGUCACCAUAAUCUUUCAGGAGCCGGGAGCGUUGCCUUUCACCCCUCAGAAUAUUCGUUCACACUUCCAGCACGUUUUUGUUAUUGUCCGUGUGCACAAUCCCUGCUCUGAAAACACCUGUUACAGUGUUGCUGUAACAAGAAUGAAGGAUGUGCCUCCCUUUGGCCCGCCCAUCCCCAGCGGUGUCACCUUUCGUGAUCCAGAAACCUUUCGCAACUUCCUUUUAGCCAAAGUUAUCAAUGCAGAAAAUGCAGCGCACAAGUCAGAGAAGUUCCACACCAUGGCAACACGAACGCGGCAGGAGUACCUGCGUGACCUGGCUGAGAACUACGUCAGCAGCACACCGCUCGACUCUGCCGGCAAGCUGAACAACCUCAUCUCGCUCGCAUCCAAAAAACGUGAGCGCACCAAGGCAAGAGAGGGAGCAGAGCUGGGAGCCGCGGGGGCUGUCGCCUGGAGGGUCCAAGCCCAGGACUUCAGUGGAGGUGGGACAGAGCUCCCCUGUGCCCUGGGUUUGUCGGCUGAAUACAUCCUCCUGACAGACUGUUCCACCAAGGAGGUGGUGUUUAACUGUUUCUGUGCGGACGUGAUUGGCUGGACACCGGAGCGGCUGGCGAUGAAGAUCUUCUACGGCAGAGGCGACCACAUUGCUGUGCGGGUACCAGAGGGCUGCGCACAGGACAUCAGGGAGGUGGUGCAGAGGUUAAAGUCUUUGACAGUGGGAUGUGAGACGGUGGAUAUGACUCUGAGAAGAAACGGACUGGGACAACUGGGCUUCCAUGUUCGCCUGGACGGCACUGUGGCUGAGGUGGAGGAGUACGGCUUUGCCUGGCAGGCAGGACUGAGACAGGGCAGCCGGUUAGUGGAGAUCUGCAAGGUGGCCGCGGUGACGCUGACUCAUGAGCAGAUGAUCGACCUGCUGAGGACGUCGGUCACGGUCAAAGUGGUCAUCAUUCCUCCGUACGAAGAGGGGGGGCCUCGCAGGGGCUGCACAGAGGAAUAUGAGAUGAAGACCAUGGAGCAGAAGCAUGAAUCUGAGCCUCUGGCGGUGGGCUACCGACCCUCCCCUCGCCCGACAUGGCGAUGGGACAGCCCACCCAUUCCUCCAGGGCUCCACAGUGCCCCCAACCCACAACGCUGGACCCCCAUGGGUCCCCCACCUCCUCCACUGCCUCGCUCACACAAGGCCCUGAUGCCUGUUCCCUACAGGGAGCCCCAACACCUCAACUCUAAGAGGCCAGUAAGCUACCCAGAGAACCACUACAGUCUGUCUCCUGCAGGAGGCGACAGGGUGCUGCCCUACAGAAACCCCUCAGCCAGCUUCUCCUCGCCCUCCUCAGGCCUGGUCAGCCUCGCCACCAUGGGGCCACCUGGAAUCACACCAGGCCCCUUCGUACGCUACAAACCCACACCUGACAGAUAUGGAACAGGACAGCGCCCCCUGCUGCCGUAUGAGCCCCACCUCAGCGUGGACAUCACCUCCAGUGGAGAGUCUUCCUCAGGCUUCACAAGUCAGGACAGCACCAUGGAGCGCUGCAAAACAGAACCCCUCUGGCACGUCCCAGCGUCAUCGUCUCGGGGACCGGGUGGAGGAGGGGGGCAGAGGAGGCUACCCAGGCAGGAUGUCCCGGGGAAAGACUCUCCAAACAGACACUCGAAGGGCGAGACUCAGUACUCCAGCCACUCCAGCAGUAACACUCUGUCCAGUAACGCCUCCAGCAGCCACAGCGACGAACGCUGGUUUGACGGAGGAGCUGGAGGAGAGCGAGGAGGUGGGGGUUGCCUCAGCGACCCAGCAGACCCUGACCCCGAACUUCUCAACAAGGGGGGAUCUAACGACAGUGGCAUCGAUGCCUCGACCCACUACAACAACCCUCGCCACGGAAACAUGUCCAACAGCCAGCCCCACAAGCCCGUGCACUGCUUCACCACCUACAGCGGCAUGCAGGAGCUGUCUGUGGGAAGGAGCAGCGGCGGAGGAGAAGGGAGGAGACGAGAGUCUUCGCCGAUCAUACCGGCCACAGCCAAUCAGCACAAAGGAUACCGGACGAGGACAUUCCCACCUCCUGGCUCCAGUGCUGAUAAAAUGGAAGCUUUCAAACCCAGGGCCUACACACCGCAGGGUUACAAGACUCCGACAGCUGAGAAAGCUCGGCCUGUCCGAGCCGCCACAACAACACCCACUUCAGCUCAGUUGAGCUCCAUCCCUCUGUCCAGCUCUGCACCCAAGGCCUUGUAUGGAAAGAGCAGACAAAUGGCCUGGCAGACAGAAGAGACCAGCCCAUCACCUUCAAAUGCAACCACAACAUCUGGCUCUGACAGCAGCAGCAGCAAGAAGCAGGUGGAUACGAAUUCAAAGAACGUGUUUGGACAACCUCGGCUCCGAGCAUCACUGAGGGACCUGCGCUCACCACGACGGACGUACAAAAGCACCAUCGAAGACGACCUAAAGAAACUGAUUAUCAUGGACAACCCAGGAGAGACGCCACAGAGAGAUCCAUCUCCCAGGCGAACGCUGCAGCGCACCUUCUCAGAUGAGUCACUGUGCAGCGGGCGCAGAGAGGCCAGCUUCGCCAACUCUGAGAACCAGACGACCCCCACUGACGGACUGUUCACCUGCACGCUGCCCACGCGCAGACACGCCGUCUCCUCCAACCACAUUCAGGGCAAGAAGGUGCCUCUGUCUGCCUCGGAGCUGUCUCUCACAGAAGUUCGAGACAAAGUUCCCCCGCUAAGGAGGCUCGAUCCCGGGCUGAUGCCUCUUCCUGACACAGCCUGUGGACUGGAGUGGUCCAGCCUGGUCAACGCCGCUAAAGCCUAUGAAGCACAAAGAGCAGUUUCCCUCUUCUCGCUGACGGAGCCACAGGUUGGAGGUCCAGACAUGAGACCAGUGGUCAGUCCAGUCCAGUUUCACACUCCUCAGACACCUCGGACCACACCGACCUUUAGUGGUGACGAGGUGCCCAACGAUCUGUCCGGUCGGCUCUUCCAGCUGGAAGUGAUGUUAAAGCAGCUGAACAAUGAUCUGGAGAGAGAGAAGCAGGAUAAAGUUGUUCUGCUUGCAGAGAUGGCCAACCUGAGAGAGAAUAACCAGCGCUUGCAGGAGGAGAGCAUGACAGCCAGCGAGCAGCUGCGCAAGUUCAGCAGGCUUUUUACUAACCUCGACAAGACGGAGAGUGACCAUGAGGCUCACUCCUUUACACACGAAACUGACUCGAAGAGGGAGUGACACCUGCAGAAGAAGAAGGGAGCGAGAUUCAGGCCACAGAGGGAGGGCGACUGUGAGAGAAAUACAGUUUCAGUACCCAUAAUUCCUUGCACACACAGGAGUGGCAGAGGUCACAAUAAUGUCCCUUCACUCAGCUUCCACUGGACUGCCUUAAACCGUAGAGAAAAAGAUGAUCUUGAUUUUUAAAAUGCAACACUCCCAAAAAGUCUCACCAAGCCUGUGCACAGACAGAGCAGAGACCCUCCCUCUCUAUUGUCUGAGCCUGUUUAUUUUUGUAAACUGAAGUCAAAAAGUCUUAUAUACUUGUCUUAUAUAUAAAUACAUAUGCUACUAUGCCAGAGGAGUGAGUAGGAGAGGAGAACCUGACUGUUUUAGAGAACACUACAUCACCUGGAGAGGCCUAAUACUGUUCCUGCAGCGAAUCAGCCAAAAAAAGACUCAUUACAGACUGCAUCUCCCAGAAUGCACUAGAAGUAAUGGCGGCUCUACAGACAAGGUACUGUAGAUAGAGGCCUGUGUGGUACAAUUCUCAUGUAUCAAUAUUAUCUAUACUGUACUGAUAUUGUAUAACAGUUGUACUAAAGAGGUGUGUGUGCGUGUGUGUGUAACUGAUGGUACAGCGAAUACUCAGAAGCAUUAUGGCACAAUGUUUGUGCCCAAGGCGAAAUGCAUUUUAUUACCCUUUGGUGUGAGUGUGUGAGAUAGAGGUUGAACGUGGUGGUCUGUUAUUGGGCGUCUGAGUGAUGAACAAACUAGUUUACUGUAAUAUGAAACUUGCAGGCCACAAUAGUUUUCUUUCCGUUUACAUGGAUGAACUGUGGCCCUUCGAUGUGAAACAAGCCAUCAGCAUGUUGAGCGAGUGUAAAUGUCAUAAAGCUCAGUGAUAAAAUAGUAUCAUAUCUCUAAUGUAGUGCAGUGUUUUCCAUUUAUUUUUACACUGUUUCCAGCAGUGCCGUAUCAUCUCAGAUCUAAAUGUACUGGAUAAUUAUUUUAACCUUGAGACGUUGUCACAGUACAUAUUUGAAAUGAUCUUUUUUUUCUUUAUAUUUAAAGAAGCAGUUUGACAUUUUGAGAAAUAAUUUUGAAUUACUUUAUGGAGGAGAUUUAGAUGAGAGAUUUGACACCACUCGCACGUAUUUCCACUAACUGUGAAGCUACAGCCAGCAAACAGUUAUUAGCUUAGCAUGAAGACUGGAGGCAGUUAACCUGGUGCUGUGCCCAAAGGUAAGAAGUGUCGCCUACCAGCACCCCAAAAGCUCACUAAAUAUCACUUCACAUCUUAUCUGUUCAAUGUUUACAAAAAGAUAAGUGUUAAAAAGGACUCAACUGCUGACUUUUGACUAUUGAAGCUAAGUAACUUCCGGGAGUCUCGGCUGGUUGCCUGGCAACUAGUGUUCUGUGAAGGAGUUGGAAUUUCAGCUAGCAGCUACAAACAUUUUAACCCUCCGUUGGCUGUAGCUUCGCGUCUUCUCAUCCAACUCUCCACUUGAACGUGAGUUGUAAUUUCCAAAAUGCCAUCCUCCUCUUCUAAUCGCGUCUUUGCGUACUAAUGAAAAUUAAGCUGUCACCAGUAAUGUGUGCUUAUAGAGAAAGCAUUAACUGUACAUGAAACUCACUCGACAACACUGAAGCUCCUUCAUAUCAGAACCAGUCUGUGUGUAUGAGAGGAUUUGUCCCCGUGUUCUGUGAUAACCCAAAUGAACACAAAAGACACUAUUUAUACUGCUAGCUUGCUUAAUUAAUGAUAUUGUCUACUAUAUCUAUUUUUCAUACAGAAAUAAUGCGUCUGUCUGUGUUUUUUGGAUGCUGGUACUGAACGGACAGGACAUCCCUGCAGAGGAUGACUCUUAUCUUCCUGUGUCAGUAGAGAUAUCGCUGAUAAAAUUGUACUAAAUCAUCAUCUCCUGCUCUGUAGAACAACUACUUCUUCCCUGGUCUGACUGGAACUGUUGAAUUUUCAAUCCCAACUCACUCAGGUUCCUCAAGAUGCUGUUAAAGACACUAAGCCACCAGUUUGGGGUGGGCGAUGUGAUGCACUGUAGCCUGAGACAAUAUAAACUUGUCGACCAUCAGUUUUCCAUACUGUUUCUAAACAUUGUAGUUAUCCCUUUAAGUACCUCUGGGUAUAUUAGGUCACUGUAAGCAAGCAACUAGAAGGUCUUCUUUAUGGCAAUAUUGGAUUUUUAUGAUUCAGUAUCUUGAUUUAUAAAUAUUGAACUAGCUGGGUUAGAAUAAAAAAGACAAACAUAAACAGUUUCUCAAUUGAUUUUCCAUAAGUUGAAUAUGUCCUUGUCUUGUCAUAAGAUGACACAUCCAUAUUGCCCACGCCGACUAUUAGAAAUACUUUUCUUUCACUGACACAAGAGGGAGCAGGUGUUGUAGUCAGACUCUGAGCAGGACAGAAAACUGCCAUCUCUGCCUGCUCCUCCUCAGCCCAUGAAAACAAGAGGCUGCAUCUGUUUUCACGGCACCACCUCCUUUACUCCUCUGCAGCCAGUUCUACACUUUCAGUGAGGCUGAAACUUUGAUACUACUACUGUUUGUAACUAAGCUUAUUUGGGGCUUUUUGUUUGGGUUCAGAAAUGCUACCUUUACCAGUCACCAUAAACAAAGUAUAGUCAUGUUCUCCUUCUAUUCUGGUUCCACGUUUGGACACUUAGUUCAGCCUCAGAGUGACACUCCCGUUAUUCCUGCUUUAGGAAAUCCAUCAUGCAGCUUCGCAGGUGUAGCUGUGAUUUAAGUAUCCGCAAGUCUCAUUAGUUUGCUUAUGUAAAAGGGGCAGUGUUUCUUUCUUUUUAUAUACAUUUUGCUCAUGUUAUGUAUAAUUGUAAGCUAUUUAUAGCAUAUACAAUGAUCCCUGUUGAACAAAAUAAUAAUGCAUUAUGGUUAAUGGUAAUAUUGUAUAACUAGGUUUGUUUUUUUAGAUGUUAAAUAUUUUGAUAAUUUAUUUUUUAACACAUUCCCACUGUUGCAGACAGUAGUGAAGAUGAGAGGGUACUGUGUUUUUAUUUGUGUAUGCUGUUUUACUUCUGAUCUGUGUACAAAACUGAUUCCUCAUUGUUUUCUAUUUUCUGGCGUCAUCUUUCCUCUUUGUGCAUCGGUGCUUUCUGCAUGUGGCAGGGGUACGCGAUGCAUAGACACAAUGUUUUCUUUGGGUUGUAAUAAUAACUUGUACAUUUAAAAGUGUAAAUUAUGUUUUCAUUAUUUUAUAAAAAAUAUAUUAAAAGUAAGAAUCAGA